CAGCUGGUCGAAAUGCACAAGCUUAUUUUCGGUUUCUGCGCGCUGUUGCUCCUCCAAGGCAGUCAGRCUUUGCAGGAUGGCGGUUCGUCUGAGGAGUUAGAAAUUGAGGCACGCAGCUUAUUCGACGAURAUCUACGUGAAUUUGUGGAGUUUUUUCGCUUGCAAAUGCCUUGYGGUUAUGCGCCAGCAGGCAUACCACCAUUAGCACCUUUACAAACCGCCUACCGSGAAAUGGAUUUGACCACGGACAAUGCAGCCAUACGUGGCAAUGUCACCAAUCUCAACAUCAGCGGUCUCGACGUUUUCGAUGUGCGCGACCUCCAUUUCAACAACAUACUGCAGAGACUGCGGUACGAUUUGGUUUUCCCCGAAAUUUUGUUUACCGGCCUCUAUAAAGCUGAUUUAAAAACUAAGCUCUUUGGUCCCUCAGUGCGYGUGUAUGGCGAUGGCACACUGCAUUUGGCUUUGAAGAAUUUGCGCAUUUAUGGCACUUUCAUAGUGCGCCCCAAGCUCACGGGCAGCAUGAGGAUGACCAAAUUCAAGAUAACAACAGAGUUGGGCGCAGUGGAGUCGAAGUUGACCGGUAUUAUGAAUAGUACAUUGAAGACGAAGCUCAUCAACGCUUGGAUUGAACAGUUUAUAAAUCUUACAUUCAACGACAGCCAGGAAGAGGUAAAUGCGGCACUAACACAUUGGGUUGUACCACCGGCAAACCAAGCGCUGGAUAAARUGCCAAUGGUUGGGUUUCUAGCAUUACUAUUUGGCAUUAUAGAAGGCUCAUUGCCACAAGAGACACUUUGCUAAAGAAUUAUAUAAAAAUAUUAAAUUUAUAAGAUUUAAUAAUUUAAAUAAAUAUCAAAAAAAGUAA